UUAAAAAUGUUGCUUGUAGGCCUCUACAGUCUUUUAAGUUUAGGACUUGUUCAUGGAAUUAGGGAUAUUCAGAAGAACAAAGUCUGUGUAUUAGAUUCCGACUGCAGUGAGGGAAACAAAUGUUUCCAGUACAUGUGCUACCCUGGAAAAGGAGAAGGGAAGGGACCCUUCAGAAGAUGUAAACAGAAUAAUGAUUGUCAAGAUCUACAGCCCCAAGAAGGAGGGGACGGUUUAGAGGGAGAAUGCUUUCGGCAUCAUGAUAGACGUACAGUACAUGAAGGAAUAUGUCUUAGUUCAAGGUAUAUAUGAUGAUAGAUGUACUGU